GCCCGUAGGCACGUGUUACUACAUUCGCUUAUAGAGUUGUGGCGGCCAUAAAACGUUCAAAAAUCAAAUUUUUGGUGCAACUAAAAUUAUCUACGUUCUGAUGGAUGCAAAACGAUUUUAUGGUGCUAAAACUGUUGGGAUUCCGAACUUGAGUGGCAGUGAAGAUGAAAAUUUGUCAGAUGAUGAUUUUUUCCGAAAAUCAUUUUCUCAAGUUCUGGUGGAAGAUACCAGUGAAGAACAGCUUGAUAGAGAGACGGUCGAAGAUAUUGUGAUUAAAGAAAGUGAUUUUUCCGAUAGUGAAGACGACGUUCCCCUUUCAACUCUCAUUGCAGCAAACAAGGCAAAGAAAAAAAACAAGGUUUGUUUUGAUUGGGAAGAUAAACAGUUGAGGGUAUCUGAUGAAGACAUAUUAUUCAAGGGGUCUCACUCCUUAGGAAAAGAUAUUUUGAAAAAUCGUGUGCCAGAUUGCGAAUUUCCUAAGGAAUCUAUGAUGAAGAAAAAAGGUAGAGGUACAAUUAUGGAGAGAGUUCCUCAAGUCGAUGGCGUAGAUGUUUCAGUAGUUUCCUGGUAUGAUAACAAAUUACUUUUCUAA